GAGUGUCGAGUCGCACGCGCAUGGGAGAAGCAACGAGAUGCUGAUAAAAUAGCGCGAUGGGGCAAGCGGGCAGCCAGCAGCACGCGCCGCUGCGCGCGCACCGUGCGCACACGCUGCCCCAUGAACCGCUCCGACACGCGCCGAAGGUGCUCCCGUCCUUGACAGAGUCGCCGCGGCUGCGCAGUACGGACAACGGCGCCAUCUUGCACUCCGGGGGCACCAUCAGCGGACGGAGACCAACCUCUGUAGUUCCUGAGACCACUAGGACUUCACACGGGCAUGUGCACUCCAACGCAUACCGGUCCCGGUCGGCAGGGGCCACGAGCGACAGCGAACUGCGGGCUCGUGAGAGGGACCCGCUGCACCGCUCGUACACAAAUCUCGACCUUAGGCAUAACGAGAAUGGCGGUUUGAAUAAGAGAUUCGGUUCCGAGCCUGAUCUACGAGAGGAGGAACCGAAGCAGAAAUGCAAGAGGCAUUUCAGGAAGAAGUACAGAGCACCGCCACCACCUACCAAUGAUCAGCGUGAAGGUUCAUCGCCAGAUUCCAGCGAAGGGAAUGCGAGACCGGAACCCCAAAGGAAGCUCCGGCUCUUCAGGACCAGGCAUGAGACCAAGAAGCUCAGCAAUGAGCCUGAAGUCGCCAGGAACUCCUACACGGCUUACAAGUCCUUGGACGACCAGUCCUUCGAACGACGGUACAGGUCACCCUACAAGGACAAAGAACAACACUUCAAAUAUCCUGAUACUCAAGACAUGAUUCAGAGUACAGCGUCCUUGAAGAGAGAAGAGCAUUUACUGCAAAAGCAAGAUUACAGAAAGAGGACAGACAGAGUCAGCGGAUGUAGAGCGAAAACAUCCAAGACAAACGACAGCGAAGCAUGGAAAACACCAUUGCUAAACAGAAACUUUAGACAUUCAGAACGAUUUAAAAAGGUUGACACAGAACAACCCGUAUUAAGGAGAGAAAAGACUUUUGACACGCUGAUUUUGAGUGAACGAGACAGCGAAUCUCCAAGAACAACGCACGAGAGCAGGAUGAAAGCUAUAGGCGAACAGCUGAAGGGAUCCAGACUCCAACCGAGUGAGCCUUUGAGAAAAUCUCUUCCUUCACUAUUACCUAAAAAUAGUGAAGAAAAAGAUGAAUUUCAAGCGGAACUGAAGAAGGCGACAAGUAGAAUAAGAAACGAAUUAGGGGCUAAAAUUAAUGUAAGUGAAAAUAAAACUAGUCAGAACAAAACGACGCAGAAACCAAACCCAACGAAAACACCGAGCAAAGUCAAAGAGUCUAGUCUUAAAACGAAUAUUAGCAAGCCGGAAACUAAAGCAGUUGUUAGUAGAAGACCGCUAACUAGAGUUACUGAAAGUAAAAUCAAGCCAACUGUAACUCAGAGUAAAGUUAAUGGUAAAACAAAUGUAAUAACAAAUGGAGAUAAAAUGAGUAAAGAUAAAGGUAGAGCGAUACCUGACAGAGGGCAGGCGUCAGGGAAAGAGUCAACUCCCGAACACUCACCUACGAGAAAGAUCUCUCCGAUAAGAAAGAUUUCGCCCGCGAGAAAUAAGACGCACACACCAGCUCCCUCAAAACAAUUCUACUUCGGCAUGAUCGAGAGCAAACAGUUCGAGGUCCAAGACCACCUGAAGGACUUCCCCGGCCUCGGCAGCCCCAUCAUCGAGGAGAUCAGCAACUUCCACGCCAUCGAGCAGAAGCUGCUGGGCUACCACGCCGAGGAUGCGGAGUUUGAGGAGUUCAAUGCCAAGCUGAAGGAGGACUGUAAGGUUAAGAACUUAUCCUCCGAAUCGGCGCUAUCCUCAGACGCUUCAGACUCGGAUGGUUCAUUAGGCAUAGCGCUGCGCCUGCGACCAACGUUACCGAAGAAACAGCGUGCCGUGCCUCGAUUUUCACCAGCGGCAGCUUGGAGGCAACUAGCCACGCUUGACGCACAUCUUGCUUCAGAAACCCAACCACUAGCCGUGGAGACCAAAGUGUCAGCCGACAUAACAGCCGAGUCCUCACCGCGGUCAGACCAGUCGGCCGACAAGUCGGGCGACUCCGGUAUAUCAGGAGACCACGCGCACAGCGAUCAGCGGAUCGAGUCGCCUUCGAGACAUGUCCCCGAGACAACACCAGCCUGGACCCCCCAACAGGACCUCGGCGACAGCAGCUCGGACGGCGUGAGCGGAGCGCCCGCGCCGCGGGGCUCCGGCCUGGCCACCUACAGCCCGGGCGCGCAGCCCUUCAGCCUGAGUCUGCCGCGCGACGACAAGGGCAAGCAGCUCCAACAAGGCUUCAACAGCCUCCAAAAACUCCGGAAAUCUGUCUCAGGGGCUUUAGGAGCCGCUUUAGGGUCCAGAAGGUUCGAUUUGGAGCAUGAGCCGAUGCUACAAGAGCCUGAACAGAACUGGUUUUUAACGAAGUCUGCGCCGAACUCGUUGAGCAAUCCGCUGCUGAUGCAGCCGCCUGCGAGAGCCAAGGUUGCUGAAGAUGAUAUUAAGGAGGAGAAUUCUACGCCACCGUCGGAAAAGGUAAGUUAUCAUCGUCUACUCAUCCUUUAUGUUCACUCGGGAGCUAUAGGAGCAGCGUUGGGGUCCAGAAGGUUCGAUUUGGAGCAUGAGCCGAUGCUACAAGAGCCUGAACAGAACUGGUUUUUGACGAAGUCCGCGCCGAACUCCUUGAGCAAUCCGCUGCUGCUGCAGCCGCCUGCGAGGGCGAAGGUUGCUGAAGAUGAUAUUAAGGAGGAGAAUUCUACGCCACCGUCGGAAAAGGUAAGUUAUCAUCGUCUACUCAUCCUUUAUGUUCACUCGGGAGCUAUAGGAGCAGCGUUGGGGUCCAGAAGGUUCGAUUUGGAGCAUGAGCCGAUGCUACAAGAGCCUGAACAGAACUGGUUUUUGACGAAGUCCGCGCCGAACUCCUUGAGCAAUCCGCUGCUGCUGCAGCCGCCUGCGAGGGCGAAGGUUGCUGAAGAUGAUAUUAAGGAGGAGAAUUCUACACCGCCGUCGGAAAAGGAGGAAUCCAUACCCUGGCGGCCUGGCAUAAACUACCUCUCUUGGGGCGGACACGUCAUGUACCUACCCCCCGCACCCUCCGCACCGGCGCAGCCUCUGUCCAUGCUCGGCCCUAUUGACAGACCUGUCAGGAGUAAAUCCAGCGGCUCGCUCGAGGUGGCAGCGCGAGCGGCGCGCGCGGCGGCGUUGGCGAGCGAGAUGCGCGAACGUGAACGCUCCGCGUCGCCAGAGAUCGCACGCGCAUUGCCAGCACGAGUGCAGCCACAGCCAGAGCGUAACGCCCGCAGUCGCAACAAGCGCUUCACCUUCCAGUCGACAGUUCGGCAGUUAGAAAGGCGAAGAUUGGCUGAGAAGCUGUCCAAAGAGGCAGACCUGAAGGAGCAACAGAGACGCACCGAGCUGGAGGCCAUGAGGAGAGUCGAGGAGGAGUUCCAGAGGAAGCGUGCGAGGGAGAAAGCGAAUAUCAGGCAGCAGCUAAGGUUGGUCAGCAGCGGUGCAGCCAGCAUGCCGCUCUCCACACACCAUGGAAAGGCGCGUGAUGAUCCCGACGGCUCAUGCCGAGCAUCACCAGCGCCGGAGCGGCCCCGGGACCGACAACGGAACAGCAACACGUCCUCAGAAAUCAGUGCCAGAAGCAAAAGCACUACACCAGUCAGAUGCGUGGAGCUAUCAGAAUGGCGCACAGACAGCGCAGCACGCGUGUACCGCGACUGGGGAGGUUCCGGCGUCGGGCUGCCGGCGCACGCGCAUCCGCCCGCCUGCGCGCGCAUGCCCAUCGCCAGACAAGCACAAGAAGUAGAAGCGUUCAGCGGCUCCCCCCGCUCCGACAACUACCGGCUGGAGUUCGCGCGCGGCCGCUCGCCCCGCUCCCCGCGCACGCCCCGCCCCCCUCGGCUCGUGUCCACGCGCUCGCCUUCCAGCUCCGGCUCGGAACUGUCGCUGAGACAGCCUAUCAAGAUCAGUGACACUAAAGAAGAAGAGGAACCAGCAAUAGUGCCCACACUACGGCCAGGCCCAGCGCGCGCUACCUUCGCAAUCCGCUGAAUUACUUGCUGAAACGGGUUCAUUUG